AUGUCUCAACUGACUGGUAAUGCAAUGGUCACGUUUAACGAAGAAGAAUCAGCAAUCAAAGCAAUUGAAAAAUAUAAUGAAAAACGUGUACCACUUUUAAAGGAUGCUCAAAUUCGUGUCAAGAAAUCAGAAAUGAAAACUGAUAAACAAACAGCAGCGCCUCUGGCGCUUCUACAACAGCUGCCAGAAACACCAUUAGCACCAGUAUCACGACCAGGUAGUGAGCAUUUACAAAAGAAAAAAGGUUUAUGA